AUGAGUGAGUAUGCUAACCGUUAUACAUGCGAUAUCCUGUCGAGAUCAAUGGCGAUAAUACUAACCGAUUAUACGCCGAUAUCCCUGUCAGAGAUCAAUAGCGAUAAUACUAACCGAUUAUACAUCGAUAUCCCUGUCAGAAAUCAAUCAAUAGUGAUAAUACUAACCGAUUAUACAUCGAUAUCCCUGUCAGAGAUCAAUAGCGAUAAUACUAACCGAUUAUACAUCGAUAUCCCUGUCAGAAAUCAGUCAAUAGUGAUAAUACUAACCGAUUAUACAUCAAUAUCCCUGUCAGAGAUCAAUAGCCAUAAUACUAACCGAUUAUACAUCGAUAUCCCUGUCAGAGAUCAAUAG